CCUCCCUUCCUCACUCGUGCAAACCCUAGCUCCUCUCAAUCCCGUCCCCUUCCUGCCCGCCAGCUCCCUUCUCCAUCGUCGCCUACCCCACCGCCGCCUACCCCCACCGUCGACGAACCUCAUUGCUGACCCACGCCCAGACCCUUGCUGGAUGCAGCAAGGAUUCACUAGCGAACUCCUAUGCUCCAACCCCACCGGCGAGCGGCGACCUCCUACUCUCCCCCAACCUCAGCUCCAGCUGCCCCUAGAUCGACUCGAGCUGCUCUUCUCGUGACCAGAUCUUGCAGUAAUCCCUCCCUCCUAACUCGUGCCUGAAACCCCAGCGCGGCCAACCUCCGUCUCUGGCCAUGACCUCGCCAACUCCACUCUGACCACGAUGCGGCGGGCGGAUCCAGCCCGUGUGGGUGCGAUGGCGGCCGGCUCCACAAUGGCGAGAACAUGCAGCGGUCCCCGCCGGCCAAAUCAGGUUCGUCUCCUACUGCAGUUGAGACAUUCUACCAUCGAUUUGCUUCGCACAUCCGUGACCUCUAAUCCCUUCCCGUUGAUUUUCUCGGGCGGCCGCCUCUCCCACCAUCAACGGUGCAUGCUGCCCCAUGAUACAUAGCCCGAGGUGUCUCCUCAUCAUCUGCCCGUCGCCCAGUCUGCAGCAGAGGAUGCCCAUCGCCCGCCACCAGUCUGCAGCAGAGGAUCCCCACUCUGUUGGCACAACACGAACACCCAAAAUAGUUAGGGAGCUGAAUGGGGCGAGGCUGGAGGCAUCCGUGAGGGCGUACGAUGGCACCGGCCAGAGCAAGGUGUCCAACAAAUGGCGCAGCCCCUACAUGCUCAUGUGCGGGAUGCUUCUGGUGGUCUCACUCUUCGAGCACUUCUGGAGGCCGCCCAAGUGGUUCGCCGUGGUGGGGGCGGCCCCCGGCCUGCCGCCGAUCAUGCUCAGGAGCGUCGCCGUGCUUCGGUGGUGCACCAUGGACGUCAACAUACUCAUGCUCAUCGUAGGUUGGUGCUGCUAUGAUGGAAGAUCAGAAGAGGCAUGGAGAUGCGCACCACAACUUUAGUUGAUGUUGCACCAUGUUUUGGUGCUUGUGUAUCUGUUUUUGCUUGUAAGCACACUUGUAUGUGCUUGUGUAUCUGUUUUUACUUGUUUUAGUUGAUGUUGGACGUGCAGACUUGUAUGUGCUAUUGUGUAUCUUUGGAUGAAUGAUUUCUGAAUUUAAUCAUUUA